UCCGGGCUGGGCCGUCCGCGCAGCCGGCGGCCUCCCGGGAGCCGGCGGACGGCGCCGAGGCGGAGGAGCGCUCGUUGCAGCACAUGCUGCGCGCCAUAGCCGAGGAGCGCGGUCGUCUUAGCCUACGCCGCGAGGUCUGCGGCCUGGGGUGCUUCAAGGAUGACCGUAUUGUCUUCUGGACGUGGAUGUUCUCAACCUACUUCAUGGAGAAACUGGCCCCCAGGCAGGACGACAUGCUUUUCUACGUGCGCAGGAAGCGGGCCUACCCGGGCAGUGAGAGCAGUGUCGAUGGGAGGAAGGCUGAGGCUGAGCCCAAAGUGGAGGUAGAAGUGUACAGGAGGGACUCCAAGAAGCUUCCAGGCCUGGGCGAUCCUGACAUCGACUGGGAAGAGAGUGUCUGCCUGAACCUCAUCCUGCAGAAGCUGGACUACAUGGUAACCUGUGCUGUGUGUACGCGUGCCGACGGGGGCGACAUUCACAUCCAUAGGAAGAAGUCCCAACAAGUGUUUGCCUCCCCCAGCAAACACCCCAUGGACAGCAAAGGGGAAGAGUCCAAGAUGAGCUACCCCAACAUCUUCUUCAUGAUUGACAGCUUCGAGGAGGUAUUCAGUGACAUGACUGUGGGGGAAGGAGAGAUGGUCUGUGUUGAGCUGGUGGCCAGUGACAAAACCAACACGUUCCAGGGCGUCAUCUUUCAGGGCUCCAUCCGCUACGAGGCGCUCAAGAAGGUGUAUGACAACCGCGUGAGUGUGGCCGCUCGCAUGGCCCAGAAGAUGUCAUUUGGCUUCUACAAGUACAACAAUAUGGAGUUUGUGCGCAUGAAGGGGCCUCAGGGCAAGGGCCAUGCGGAGAUGGCAGUCAGCCGUGUGUCUACCGGUGACACGUCCCCCUGUGGGACCGAAGAAGACUCAAGCCCAGCUUCGCCCAUGCAUGAGCGGGUGACCUCCUUUAGCACCCCGCCCACCCCGGAGCGAAACAACCGGCCUGCCUUCUUCUCCCCGUCCCUCAAGAGGAAGGUGCCUCGGAACCGCAUUGCAGAGAUGAAGAAGUCGCACUCGGCUAACGACAGCGAGGAGUUCUUCCGAGAGGACGGCGGUGGAGCUGACCUGCACAAUGCCACCAAUCUGCGGUCUCGAUCCCUGUCUGGCACAGGACGGUCCCUGGUCGGGUCCUGGCUGAAGCUGAAUCGAGCUGAUGGAAACUUCCUUCUCUAUGCACACUUGACCUAUGUCACCUUGCCACUGCAUCGGAUCUUAACAGACAUCCUGGAAGUACGGCAGAAACCCAUCUUGAUGACCUAGUGUAUAUGGAGCCUGCACGGAGCCCCGGCCCUGCCUGGCCCUGGGAAUGCUGCCAAGUGCCUACCUGUCACCGCCACCGGGGUCUUCUGUGACAAGCCAGCGCUGGAGCCACAGCCAGGCAGGGCCCCUUGACUCCCGGGGCCAGGGCCGACUCCAUGAACACCAGCCCAAACUGAAGUGCCUCGUCUUCCUCCCUCGCUGGCUCUGCUCCUACCCUGUGCCCGCGCUUGGCCCCCUCAGCCCAUCUCUGGAGAGCCUUCUGCUUCCAAAGAGGGCUAGAGAAACCAAGAGGUCAUAGAGAGCGUGAAGGGUUGCCAGCUUCCAGAAUGUUCUUAGGCCUCCUGACCUCGGUUCCCAUACCCCUGCUGGGGCUCUGUGCCAGGCCGCUGUCCACACAUCCUACACAAAGCCAGUUGAAGAUUUUGUAAUGCAGUCCUGACGAUCUUCAGCUCCUGAUCCAGUCCCAACUUGUUCUCCCAUAGUUACUGCUUGUCGCAGUGGGUUCCAGCUGCGGGUCGGAGAACGCGAGCUGUUUGUCGUCUGGGAAUACCUCGCCCCACACCCAGCUCCAGAAUGGGUCUCAAAUCUCCAGCUGGGCAGACAGGCCCCAAUCCCCCAGAAUGGGCUUUGCUUCCAUCCAAAGAACACCGCCAACACACACACCCGACCCCGAGAUGUUGUACACGUCAGUCUCCGUUGGAGGGACACAGAAUUCGGUUCUGAAGGAAAGUGGGAGGGUAUUUUUGCUGAGGGAUGUCUGAUGGCGGACUGGGGUGGAAUCCUCCUAGAAAGGUUGGAGGCCCUGGGGCCAGAGUUCAGAUCCAGGGUGGUGCUGUCCUGUCAGCCCCUGUGCUUUGGUCAGCAUGCUAGUCUUGUCUUCAGCCUGGCUUCUUAGGCAGAGAGGAGCAGAGCAGGCUGCCCAUGAGCCUGCAUUGUCCUCGGUGGGUGCAAAUUUUGGCUGUGUGGGUCACUGACCCAAGCCUCACCAUGGCAGCGAGCUCUACUUGAGACCUCUACCUGAGUGGAAUAUACUGGAAGCUGGGCUUCCUGCUGCCACCGAGUUUAGUGCUCCGGGUUCUGGAGAACUGAGCUGUGUGUGUAGAGCUUGGCCCCUCUGGGCUGGAGAGCAGGCACAGGAGCAUGGCUCUCCUGUCUGGCUCCAUUCCUUGGUCUCUGGGAGUGGGGACUACUUUGGGGCUUUCUCUAGAUUUUGUAUGUUGUUAUUAAAAAGCGAGCUAUUGCGUUUCAUUCUGCCUCAGUUUGCCCACCUGUAAAAUGGGGCUGAUACCACCUACCUCACUGAAGUCUCCAGGUUCAAGUGCAUGGCUGGGUCAGGGUUUGCUCACCUGUCACUCUGCAUAGCUCCGGUUGGGUCUUAGGAGUGGGUGUUAGAUGGUGAGGAAGCUUGCUUUCCUGCCUGCUCUGAAAUAACACCUUCCAAAGGGACGAGUAGCGCGUGUGCUUAGACACUGCUAUUCUGCCAGAGCCCAGGUCUCUGUUCUAAUCUAACCAUCAAAGCUGACUUGCAUUCUGCCCUGGCAUGCCAGAGUACCUCAGGCCUGUGGGUGUGGCCCUGAAGUCUAGGGUAGCCAUUUCUCCUGAGGUGUGAAUGCUGUCCCCCAGUUGUUUCUAUGGAGGUCACAACCUGCCAUUUCAGGAUCUGGCCAUUGUGGGGUCUGAACAUUCUUGGGGAUAAAUACAGCCAAGUGUGUCUUCUGUGGGUGAGUGAGGCAGUCUAGACCCAUAGGCCAGGGUCAAUGAGGCAGGCCAGGUUGAGAGGCCUAAGAACAUUCUGGAUUCCCUCCCCCAGAGCGCAGCCAUGCUCUCUUGGCUGGGCUUGGGCAAGGCUAGCUCCUCUCAGCUGGGGUAACUGUGUAUAAGCGCAUCCCAAGCUGUAGGAAGGUAGUCUGUACCUUGGAAUUUGGCUCUCUGUGGCACAGAUU